UCACUUCCACUCGGAGGGAGAGGGCAGCAUUCCUGGGAGGCGUGCGGCGCGAGAGCCAGUGCUCCCUGUUGUCUCUUGAACCCGGGUCAGAGCGCCACUUCAGAGUCUGCAAAGCUACUUGUCAGCCACAUUUGGGAUUUGAAAUCCGCAGUCACGACGGCACUUUCUUCUUCCUUUAGCAUCAGAAGAGCAGGAUACUCCUGGCAGACUUGCGCGCACCGCUUCUUGGAACAUGGGUGCUGUGCGAAUACUGACUCUUUUAUUUACACUCUCCGCGUUGGUAUAUACCGGCUUUUCCGAAUCGUCCAAUUUUCAGGAGAUGCAAGUGAUCGACGUGCUGACGCUGCAGGAUGCCAAGCAGAUCACAGCGGCGGUGGGGAAGGUGACCACGGCCCUCGGUACCGUCAGCGACAUGUACGUCGCCUCCACCUUCCGCCUGCCGCCGAAGCUGGGGGGCGUCCUGCUGGGCCUCUACAACAAGCAGGACAACAAGAAGUACCUGGAGGUAGCCAUCAUGGGGAAGAUCAACAAAGUUCUUGUGCGUUACGUGCGGGAGGACGGGAAACUCCAUACUGUCAACCUCCAGAACGCCAACCUGGCAGACGGACGGACCCAGUCCGUCAUACUGCGCGUAGCAGGACUCCGCAGGGACAACCUCCAAUUAGAGUUAUACAUCAACUGCCGAUUGGCCGAUUCCAGCCAGGGUCUACCCCCCUUGGUGCAGUUGCCGGCUGACCCAGAGCUUGUGGAUAUUCGUAAUGGGCACAAGGCAUAUGCUAGGCUGCAGGGUGCCGUAGAGUCUCUGAAAUUGGCUGUGGGGGGGUCUGUAGCCAAAGCUGGCGUUCUGACUGACUGCCCCUUCCAGGGUGAUUCCUCCUCUUUGCACAACACAGUGACAGGAGAAGUGAACUCUGUUCUUGGUGACCACACAAAGGCUCUGAUUGGGCAGCUAAUUAUCUUCAACCAGAUUCUGGGGGAGUUACGGCAGGACAUUAGAGAACAGGUGAAGGAGAUGGCUUUGAUCAGGAACACCAUACUGGAGUGUCAAGUGUGCGGCUUCCAUGACCCCCGAUCCCGCUGCUCACCCAACCCGUGUUACAAAGGCGUGUCCUGCAUGGAGUCCGCGCAGUUCCCAGGGUACCGCUGUGGGCCCUGCCCCGAGGGCAUGACCGGCAAUGGAACUCACUGCCAGGAUAUUGAUGAGUGUGCUCUUGCACAGCCGUGCUUUCUGCCCUCGGGGUGCAUCAACACGGCCAAAGGCUUCUCCUGUGAGCCCUGCCCCCCCGGGUUUGCGGGACCACCUCUGAGCGGAGUAGGCGUGGAGUACGCCAAAAGUAAAAAGCAAGAGUGCAGAGACAUCGAUGAGUGUGUUGAGGUGGACAACGCUUGUGCCCCCAACUCUGUGUGCACCAACACAGUGGGCUCCUUCAAGUGCGGGCACUGCAGAGCGGGCUUUGUGGGGAACCAGACGGCCGGCUGCCUCCCUCGGAGGUCUUGCGCCACGUUGAGCUUCAACCCCUGUGAUGUCAAUGCGCACUGCAUCAUUGAGAGGAAUGGGGAUGUGUUCUGUGCGUGCAAUGUGGGCUGGGCUGGGAACGGCAACACCUGUGGCCCAGACAUCGACAUCGACGGCUACCCGGAUGAGAAUCUGCCCUGCAUAGACAACGACAAGCACUGCAAAGCGGACAACUGUGUUUACACACCCAACUCUGGGCAGGAGGAUGCAGACAAUGACGGUAUUGGGGACCAGUGUGACGACGAUGCCGAUGGGGAUGGAAUCAAGAACGUGGAGGACAACUGCCGGCUUGUGGCCAACAAAGACCAGCAGAACACUGACACGGACUCUUUUGGUGACGCCUGCGAUAAUUGCCCCAAUGUUCCCAAUAUCGACCAGAAAGACACGGACAACAAUGGCGAGGGUGACGCAUGUGACAAUGACAUCGAUGGAGAUGGCAUCCCCAACGUGCUGGACAACUGCCCCAAGGUCCCCAACCCUAUGCAGACAGAUCGGGAUGGCGAUGGGGUCGGCGAUGCCUGUGACAGCUGCCCCGAAAUCAGUAACCCCAUGCAGACAGAUAUAGACAAUGACUUGGUGGGAGACGUCUGUGACACCAACCAAGACAAAGACGGGGAUGGUCACCAAGACUCGCGAGAUAACUGUCCAGACAUCCCCAACGGGUCACAGCUUGACUCUGACAAUGAUGGCAUCGGUGACGAUUGUGACGACGAUGAUGACAAUGAUGGGAUCCCGGACUUUGAAGGUCCUGGACCGGACAAUUGCCGGCUUAUUCCCAAUCCCAAUCAGAAGGAUUCGGAUGGUAAUGGGGUUGGAGAUGUAUGUGAGAAUGACUUUGACAACGACACCGUGAUGGAUCUCGUCGACGUGUGCCCGGAGAGUGCGGAGGUCACGCUGACCGACUUCAGAGCUUAUCAGACGGUCAUCCUGGACCCUGAAGGAGACGUCCAGAUCGACCCCAACUGGGUGGUGCUCAAUCAGGGUAUGGAGAUCGUACAGACCAUGAACAGUGACCCUGGUUUGGCUGUGGGCUACACGGCCUUCAAUGGAGUAGACUUCGAGGGCACCUUCCACAUCAACACGGUGACGGACGACGACUACGCCGGCUUCAUCUUUGGCUACCAGGACUCCUCCAGCUUCUACGUGGUCAUGUGGAAGCAGACGGAGCAGGUCUACUGGCAGUCGGUGCCCUUCAAGGCAACAGCCGAGCCGGGACUGCAGCUCAAGGCGGUGAAGUCGCGGACCGGCCCAGGGGAGUUCCUGCGCAAUGCCCUGUGGAACACAGGGGACACGUCGGGCGAGGUCAAGCUGCUGUGGAAGGACCCCCGAAACGUGGGGUGGAAGGACAAGACUUCAUACCGCUGGCAUCUCAGUCACCGGCCCCAGGUGGGGUACAUCCGGGUGAAGCUGUACGAGGGACCAGUACUGGUGGCGGACUCUGGUGUCGUCUUUGACACUUCCAUGAGGGGAGGACGUCUGGGUGUGUUCUGCUUCUCACAGGAGAACGUCAUCUGGUCUAACCUGCGCUAUCGCUGCAACGACACUCUGCCAGAUGACUUCAAUCACUACCGCCAACAAGUGCAGAUGAACCUCAUGGUGUGAGGAGCGUGAAUCAGAAGACAAAGAGUGUUGACCCAGAGACCGCAGCACAACUUGUGUCUCUGCCAACUGCUGUGUGCGUUUGUGUGUGUGUGUGUUACUUGGGACGGAAACCAGACCCUUUGUAAGCAGACUCAUCUGUUGUUCUGAAUGGUAACAGCUGAAUUAAAUAGAUAAUUAUGUAUGUAACGUGUGCCCUGGGAUGUAGGGGUGUCCUUAGCCUUGUUUUAUAACAGAGACUCUAGGCUCACUGUACUGGGUGUGGUAUGGAAAAGGACAGAAUGACUGGAAAAUUACAGGCAUUUCCUCAGGCUGCGUGGCCACGAUGUGAAGGUAGCACUGCGCACACCCGAUUAGCAGAACAUUUUUUGGAUAUUUGUCUGUUUCUGGGAGUCCAGGUGCGUGUGUGUGGCCAGCGCACACGCAUAGCUCAGCGUGACCAUACAGAUAAUGGGGUGCUGUCAUUCUGACGCCACUAAAACAAAGUAACUUAUUUGAGUUUUAACUCCCAGUCAGGUUGUCUCUUUCAUCUCAGCUCUACCAAUAAACAAACAGAUAAAUGCAAAGAUAUAAGCUAGCAUGUUUCUGGAAAUGAAGAGUAUGGUUCCGGCUGAUGGUUCUAAAAUAACUUCAGGAAUUGCUUUGUAUAAAUGUUGAGUAGUUAAAAAUUACAUAAAGAAGUGCUUUAAAAUAUUAAAUAUGCAUUUAUUUUGAAAGUCAAGAUAAAACAUACAAAUACACAUUGUCCAGUUGAUCCCGUCUGUUGCUGUAGUUUGAUAUAUUUUUAUGAAUUUUGGUGCACAUGCAUUCUGUAUUUAAGCUUGUGAGUCAUCAGCUAAUAAUCAAAUAUGAAAUAAAGCCCCAAUAACCAGUA